AUGUCCAACUCUGUCAUGCCCGUUCAUCCUGCUAUGCCCCCCGCCCCUCUUCUGGGUGGGCUAGCAGCUCACCAAGUCCCGACUGUUCCUAUUAUUAUCGUCUCCGAUUUCAAUUGCCCUUGGUGCUACGUUGCGCACAAGGAAAUCCAACAAGCGCUCAAACGCGUCCGUGAGACGCAUCCAAACAUUCACUUUACCGUCGAGCACCGUCCCUUCCAGCUCGAUCCAACGCUCCCAACCGAAAGGCCAAUGUGUCGCGUCGCGUGCUAUCUCGCAAAGUUUGGCGACGAAAAGCUCAAACAGAUUAGUGCCGCCCUCAAGGAACGCGGUAAACGCGUCGGGAUUGAUUUCCACAUGGCCGGAAAGACGCGCCAAACGACAAAUGCGCACCGACUCGCCCUCAAGGCUUGGCUCUGUGGUGGGGAAGCCGCCCAAACUAAAAUGGUCGACGCUCUCUUUGCUGCCUAUUUCGAAAAGGAGACCGACAUUGGCUGCUACGAUUUCCUCAGCCGUGCCGCAGAGUCGACUGGCCUCAUGACCUGUGAGCAAGCUCACGCAUUCCUCGAGUCGGACAAGCUCCGCGACGAGGUUCAGUGUCUCAUCCGUCACUCUGUCCUCCGUGGCAUCAAGGGCGUCCCAUUUACCAUCAUCUCCAACCAAUGGGCCGUCCAAGGUGCAGAGACGUCGGAUAGCUUUUACAAGGCCUUCGAGUUUGCUGCCAAUGCCGCAGCGAACGUCGUCACGCCGUCGCUGCACGCCGCCCAAGUUCCCAGUAUCCCCGCCGCCGUCAUGGCUCCUGCCCAUGGCGUCACCGGAACUGCACCGAGUUGCAAGCCCCAGGUGACGAUGGAUACUGCGUCUGUAUCUGGCGACCACGCUAGCGAGACGGCCACCCAAAGCGGCACGUCUGCCGCUACGACGCCCAUCAACGAAGUCCCCGUACGCCCAUCGCUCGCGGUGUAA